AUGGUGCGACAGGGCGGCGUUGAGGCGUGUGCUCAUGGGAGCACCGACCAUCGUAAUGAAGGGUAUUCCAAUGCCGCUCAAGGAUCUACAACUUCUGGACCUCUGUCGGUUAUCAUUGUUGGAGGAGGAAUUGGAGGACUUUCGGCUGCCAUCGCAUUGCGAAGAGCAGGUCACAAUGUGAUCGUCCUAGAGCAAGGAAUUGCUGAGGCCCAGACUGGUGCUCCAAUCCAUUUGCAACCCAAUUCGAAUGGCAUCGUGAGACGGCUUGGACUGACGCCUGAGCUGUUCGGCGCGAAGGAGGUGACUCGAGUGACUGAAUAUGUACCCAACGGCUCCCUGGUACGAUCUUUCGAUAUGGUCGAAUCCAACAAAAAGUGGCAGCAUCCAUGGCAGCUUGUCCCUUCUGACAAAUUUCACGCAGAGCUCCGCAAGACGGCCACAUUGAAGCAAGGACAAGGUCAGCCGGUCGAUAUACGGCAUUCCUCUUCCGUGGUGUCGACAGACAAUCAGAAUGCUUGGGCAACACUAUCAACUGGAGAGGUUGUGCAAGGUGAUGUGCUCAUCGGUGCAGAUGGAGUAUGUUCGGGGACGAGGAAGACACUUCCAGCGGCAGCAGACAUUACACCCUCAUUCUCUGGUCACAGCGCUCUACACUUCCUUGUAAGCAAGAAAGAGGCGUUGGGAGACCCCGCAACCGAGAAGUUCGUACCGAAAGACGGUGAAAUCGUUACGUGGCUUGGAGAUCACGGUAGACUCGUUGCUUACCCGUGCCGGAGUGAUGGGCUGUUGGAAUUUGUCUGCAUUCACCCUGGCGAGAAACAAGGUAACGCUCUCGACGACUCUGAUACGAAAAGCAGGGACACUCUGCUGUACAUGAGCGAUGAUCUUGGGGAUGCGUUCCGAGCACUGCUUGCGAAAGCCAAUAAGCAGCAGUCAUCCACGCACUGGCCGCUGUUCGACAUGGCGAAGCUUCCUACAUGGACCAACAAGAAGCUGGCCCUUCUGGGUGAAGCUGCCCAUACCUUUCAUCCCCAUCAUGAAUUUGGAGCUGGACAGGCGAUUGAGGAUGCCGCUGCUAUCGCUGUCGUCUUGCCUUUGGGAACCGCGUUGGAAGAAGUCGAAGAGCGACUGAAGCUAUACGAGACGUGCCGGUAUGAGCGUGCACACUGGGUUCGGGAGUACGCACACAUGGCGGAGGGCCACAGAGGAGGAGACGAGGCGAUGCACGAAUUUACCAAUUACCAUUUGUGUCACGACGAGUUCGACAGCGCCACCAAGAAGUUCGAUGAAUGGAAAUGGGCAAAGAAUCCAAGAUUGUACUGGCGAAUGCCCGUCGCCUUUGGACCGACACCUGGGCCUCGACAGGCCUUGUACACGGAUCAACCUCAGCCUGCUCGCCACUCAACAUUCACAACCGCCUCUAUAAGCUUCAAGACCUCACGCACAUUUCUCCAGAAUUUGUUCCCCACCAGCUCUUUCACAUUCAAAGAUCCAGGCACCAUCGCUUAUGCUAGUCUCUCGCAAACUACACUUGACAGAAUGGAGUGGCUUGGUGGUUCAGGAUACAAACAUUUUGGUCUCUACAUCCAUGGUGUGCGCUAUACAAAGCAAGACGGAAGUACGAUCAACGGAACAUAUCUACCAUUGCUUUUCGAAAACCUGACCGAUCCCAUCAUCAGUGGUCGUGACGAGCUCGGCUUUCCCAAGGUCUACUGCGCCAUUGAUGUCCGCCGAAGAAAAGACUCUUACCACGUACGCACAUCCUGGCAGGAGGCUACGUUCGGAAAGUUCAAUCUCGACGAUCUAGAGUCUUCUGAUCCAGGCACUACGGCAAAGCCUGCUAGUGAUGGAUCCAACUAUGGCACAUUAACAUACAAGUACAUUCCUGCAGUGGGAGAGCCUGGAAAAGCAGAUGUAGCGUAUGCAGUGGUUGUGCCGCACGAAGAAACGGCGAAACAAAUGCCAAGUGAAGUAACGAGAGUCUGGGAGAGUACGAGGCCAAGCUUCGAGUUUGAUGAUCUGACACCGACGGACGUACCGACCUUGCAUCACAUUGUGUCAACGUUGAAACGAAUGCCAGUCUACGAGUAUGUUAGUGGUAGGAUAGUGGAGGGCCUCGGAGUGCCAGAUGUCUCUUCGGCGAGAAGGAUUGAGUAG